AUGUUGAUCAAGGUGAAGACAUUGACCGGAAAAGAAAUCGAACUCGACAUCGAGCCGAACGAUCGAGUUGAGCGAAUCAAAGAGAAGGUGGAAGAAAAAGAAGGCAUUCCACCACCACAACAGCGGCUCAUCUUUGCUGGAAAGCAGAUGAAUGACGAUAAGACUGCCACUGAUUAUAAGAUUGUUGGCGGAUCCGUACUCCAUCUUGUCCUCGCAUUGCGUGGUGGCGGUUUA